AUGAUUCGUAAGGAGAUAAAGAAUGAAAAGCAGCAAACGAGAAACGUGAAGAUGAUAUUGCUAUUAAAAACACUGCUUCCAAGGCUGGUGGUGUUGGUACCUUUUGUGGUUCCCAUCGUGGGUGACAAAACCUUGCUGGUGUGGGAGCUGAGCUCUGGACCCACGGCCGAGGCCUUGCAACAUUCUCUGUUCACAGUCUUCUCCCAGUUUGGCCUUCUGUAUUCGGUCCGAGUCUUCCCAAACGCAGCAGUGGCCGGUCCUGGGUUCUAUGCCAUCAUCAAGUUUUAUUCAGCAAGGGAUGCCCACAGAGCCCAAAAGGCAUGCGACCAGAAGCAGCUUUUUCAGACAUCUCCAGUGAAGAAUUCUCAAUCGUAA